GAGUCGCUCUCUUAUCCAUUUCCAAAGGGAGGAAAAGGAUUUUAGCGUGCGGCAUGCCAGGGUUUUAAAGCUCAUCCCGCCGGUCGCCGGCUCGCCGCCAUGGCCAUGGCCAUCAACGCCCAGACUCUGCUUACCCCGCCUCCGAUCGGCCUCUUACUCUAGCUCCCCGCGUCUCGCAAAAUGGCGACCGUCACCUCCUCGCCGUUCCUCGGGACUCCCCGCUUCUCCAACCAGAUCGCCGCCAGCCCCACCACAUCCGCACCAGGGGGGCGCCCCCGUUCUCAGAAUCCGUUGCUGGAGGCGCUUCGCGGCUUCCCGAUGCGAGGUCUCCCUCAUUCCGGCGCGGUUUCCCCGGUCGCUGCCCCGGCGCCGGAACACGCUUCGGGAUAAGGCCUCGCUGCUCUGGCAGCCGCCGGUUGUUCCACAUCAGGUGCGUCAUCCAUAUGGUGAGCCCCCCAAGUUAGAGUCUUUGGACAGCCAGGAGCCAAAAUCUGGUUGCUUGGAUGCUUUCCCGUCGUCUGAUCUAAAGGUGAAAUGGGAAAUUUCUGGUGGUCUGGGUUCUUCUCGAAGUGGUAAUGUGGAAUCAGAAUCGGAAUUGGACGGUGAGAAGGAUGCGACUGGAGUCACAGAGGAGGACUGCAGAAUUGCGGCUGUUCCUGUGUUCAGUGUUUAUGAAGGUCCAGAUGGAAAUGCUGUCCACAUUGAGGUGGAUGAGGAUGAAACCAUUGUCAGGAGUGAGGCUGCAGUGGGCGAGGGAGGUGUUGAUUCAGAGUAUAUGUCGUCUCGUGCAAGAGUGAUGGCUAUGGACCUCGAACACGGCGAGCAUGUGGCUCCAAAGAACAGCUCAAUGGUUCAGUUUGUAGCAGCUGAUGGGGUGGAAUCACCAGUUCUUAAUGGGGAGGUUUCAGUUUCUCAGAGAAAUGUGACCCCUUUGCAGAGCGUCACAUGGAGUGGUUUGGCAACAUUGUGCGGUGUCUGCCUUGUGUUUGCUGUGUCCAACUUGAUACAGACAAAUAGCAAGGCCCACCUGCUGAGGAGAUUGCUAUAUAUGCGUAUGCCUGGGAUGGAAUGGGAGGGAAUCAAUAAGGAGAAAAUGGCAAUGCUCAAAAAUGCACAUAGGUUUCCAUUUAGUUUACCUAGAAGGCCGCAUCUAGACAGGAAAGAACUGAUGAAUAACAUCAAACGAGCCAAGGAAUUGAGGGAAUGGUUCAUCUUCAGAAAUUCAUUUAGUUGCAAAACAGCUGCUGAUGGUGAUGAUGCAAGCAUUGCAGAAAUCAGAAGAACGGUUACAGAGGGCCAAACACCAGAAGGAAUCCUUGAACAAUGUAGCAUUGAAAAAAAUAUUGAUGUCAUCUUUCCACCCCUAUUCACUAGUGAAGAAGAAGUUUUUUCAAUCAAUGGUAGUCAGUCCGAUUUUGAUGAUGUGUCAGACUAUAGCAUACCUGGUUUCAGUUUGUCAAGUGAUAAAAUUGAGGAAACUGUCGAGAGGGCUGUGGAUAUGAAAAACGGAGCAGCAGUCAUGAACUAUUUGGUAAAAGAUGAGGAUAAUAUUGGAGAAAUAGAACUGCCUGAGCCUGCUUAUGACAAUGAUAGGACAACUGGUGCAAAUGACGGAACUUCUGAUAUCAACACAGCAGAGAAAGAAGCACAAAUGGGUUCUGCAGAUUCUCAUAAUCUGGAUCCUAAUAGGAUUAACAGAACAUCUUGUGAAUUGGAAAGUGAAGAAUUUGCAGAGAUAUGUGCAAAUAAUAUGGACAGCAUUCAAGGAACAAAAUCAUCACUGCGGUGCAUUACUGACCACCAGAUAAUUUAUACAAAGGAUAGUGCUCAUGAGUAUAGCAUCAAUGUAGUUUCCAAAUCAGCUGAUUGUUUUGACUCCUCAUCAUCUGAGUUGAGGAACAACAAAACACCAAUGGACAUUAGUGUGUGUGAUGUCAAUGCAAUUCAAGAAGUUGGAGUUCCCAGGAUUUCUGCAAAGGAUACUCUGACUGCUCACUGCAAUGAGUUUGCUAAUAAUAUGAGCAUAAUAGGUCACAAAGCAUGUAAAACUCCAAUAGUGACCGACAUCGUGACUGCAACAUCACCUCAUGGAAGCAGCAAAGAGCCUACAGAUCUGAAGAGAGAUAACAUGAGAUUAGUACAGGAACCAAAUCCAUCCAUUUGCACAAGGAAUGACAAACAGCCAAGUCAUGUGAAUGAGAAAGAGCAUAAAGAAAGAGCAAUACAGAAAGAAGCACAGGCUCGGUCAGAAAUAGAGAACACUAGGAUACAGAUACUUGAUAGUGCUUGCAGAUCUUCACUAUAUGCUCCUGAAGAAGAAACUGCUCAACACAAAAUUUCAAAAUGUUCUACAUCAGAAAAGAAGCAAGAGAAAAGAACUUCAUCCAGCAAAAAAUCUAGAGCGCAUCUUUUGAAAAACAAAGGCAAACUACAAAAAGAAGUAUGCAGCAAUAAGGAAGCAAAGACAAAGCAGUCAGAACAAGGUAUACCUGGAACCAAAACUGUGAAUGAUCCAUCAAAUGGUGUACAGAAAACGAAGAAACUGGCAAAAAAACGGCUAAAGAAACUGCAAAGCAAUAUGGGUAGAGUAGCCACAGAAGAUGAUGUUCAAAGUAGUAUGGAUGUUCAGAAAAAUAACAGCCUGAAUAUUACAAAGCCAAGAAGGACAGCAAAUGUGAAAAAUGCAUUUCGCAACCAAGAGGCUCAAACUAGUGAUGAAUAUCUGAAAACAGCUCAUGAAGUCGGUUCACCUUAUAACUCACCAACUGACAAGUGAAAUCUCUUGCUGUGGCAGCUUUUUCUGCACAGACUAAAGUUUCAAAGGUAGCCAUGUGCAGGUUUCAAGAUCCCUGGAUGCCUUUAGUGAUGAUCAGACAAAUGGUCAUGAGAAGAGUUAAAGUUCAACUUCCAAACCAUUGAAAGGGUGGAGAUAGCUGCAUUAGAAACUGAAAAGGAAAAUGAACAUUGAUCGACAUUAAUCAAACAUGGACGUAACUGCUCCCAAGAAGAUAACAAAGAGGUAUUAUCAAUGACCCUUUUCCCAUAAGCUAGUAAUAAUUACGCUGCAAGAUGUCACUGUUAAAGCGUCGCAAAUCACACAUUUUUUAAUAUUAACAAAUAGGAAUUGAUAAUCGACUUAUGUGCUAAAGAAUAUAGAAAGUGUCUCAAGUAUUUACCUACAUAUUUAAGAUGCUUCUGCAGAGUUGCGCCCAAUUAAUAUGCAGCACAUAACAAUAGUGUCAAACUAUCACUGAUGCAUUGAACAAGCAUCAGCCAAAGAGGAUCAUCUUUCUUGCUUCCAGAAGGGUAUUGAGCUAAAGAGGUUGCAGGUGUAAAAGUGUGGUAAUGUGCUGUCCGAGCAUUGACGAGUACAUACUGUUUGAGCCUGAGCACCCGUAUGAAAUUUUACUCACCUUCUUGGGUUCCUGAUAUUUUUACAGUUCUGCAUUUCUAGCUGAAAGUAUGAACUUUUGCAAUCAUAUUACUUCCACUUGAAGCAUUUGUUAGUUUAGAAUGCGUGCUGUCAAACUUUGGCCAAUGAUAUCGGUACAGCUGUUACACAUGGUACUUCCUAAAUAGCCAUGUUUAGCAUUGUGAAAACCUAACAUCAAUUAAUUGAGCAAGCACAAUUCACAACCUUGUUCGUCUAUCCAAAUGCAUAAUACAAAAUAAUGAUGAAAAAAUACUAUGAGCUACACAGCCAAUCCUGGACGAUGGCAUUCUACACUGAUACUGGUGCAUGGUUCCUCCCAAGUCCUAACUGAUAAUGCGGGAAGGACCCCUUGGUGACUUCUGUGGUUUCAAAUCACGAAAUGGAGGGUGUGGUGUGGUGGGAAAACCCCCGCCCAUCUCGUCGAUGGUUCAGGCCAAUUCGAGUUCGAGAACGUGAUCAGGUUGCAUCCUCCUGCUGUCCUGCAGGUAGUGAUUAUGUCGAGCUCACCACGAUAUACCUGACCUUAGUAUAUUCUUUUAUUUUUCUGUUCUCUUUUUACAUUUUGCUGAAUAUAGGAUGCACAACAGAUCCUGCAAGGUGAUUGUCCGAUCCGUCAUCCUUUUCAACUCCGGAUUCUGAUCGUCUUUAUGGACCCGUCAUGCUGUUGAACCAGAACACAGCCAUGGCCACCGCGAAGGUCAGCAUGCUCGAUCUCCCCUCGUCAGAGCUGUGUGACUUCGGCACGCGGCGCUACGGCCGACGCGCUCCGCUGCGCUAGGAGCCUCGCUACUGCCAUCGCCAACGCUUCCUCUCGUCCUCCCGUCGUCUUCAGCCUGCUCUCGACCUGCGUGCUUGUUCACCCGCGGCGUGGCGGAGGCCUGUGUCGGCGACGGAAGCGCCGCCGCACCAGCACCGCCUCCCGUGAUCGCAGCAGCUGCCUGUGUAUUUCUGUUUCACCUCAUGACUGCCGGGAAAGAAUCCUGCUUACCUUGGCAAGCGGCAAGGGAAGGCGCGUAGAGGAAGCACCCGGGCAGCGGCAGCAUGAGCGGGAGGGUGAGGAGGCUGGUCACGAGGGAGGCGAACACGCCGUUGGACAGCAGCAGCGAGCACACGCAGCGGUGGCCGGCGUCCAGGGCCCUGUUCAGAGAUGAGCAGCAGGCGUCGCUGAUGUUGCUGCCGCCGCCUGCACUACCGGCGGCGGACGCCGCCAUGCACGGCACCAAGUCCACCUCCUGGAAGUUGCAGCUCGGCAAGACCACCACCUGGGCCCUCGCCGUGGCUGAGAUCGCCACUAGUACUCCGACAAGUAGCAGAUGGAGGGUAGCGGCCACGGCGUGUGGUAAUCUGCUGGUAAAGGUCAACAUACUUCACUUGCUGAGGCGUCUGGAUCCUGUUCAAUGAAACAACUGGCUGGCAUUUGCGUUAACGUUAUAUGCUAUAUGGUAGCCCUUUGGUUGGUUUCGUUACGACAUGCAGGGAGCGCCAUGGGUAGGUAGGUGCGCUCGGUCAGUCAAACACACGCUUCUGUUGUAAUUCAGGCAUGAGCAAGAAGGGCACAUGCUGUGCAUGAGUCAACUGCAAACUUCAUCUCGCUACUACUUGUAGGUUUCAAGAAUCAACAAGGAUACACGCAAAAGAAAAACGUUUCGAA